AGUGCUACAAAGUUUUACAGCGUCAAACAUACGAAAUUCACCACCGAGUAAGGACCUACGCACAGACGACUAGGAGAACAUUUAGUAAACUUAUUUAUAAUAAUAAACGAUCCUGCUGGAAUGAAAUGGAAUUUAAAUUGAUCUUCGUUUUGUUUAUCCUUGGCUUAGCCAACGGGUUUGAGUUUGUGAUUGAACCAAAAAGCACCACAGCUAUGCAAGGUGAAGCGGUUAUGUUGGCUUGUUCAGUUACUGGAGCAGAUCGUGGAACAAUAUACUGGCAGAGAGUACACACAGGACGAUACAUUAGUUUAGAUUAUAUAAUAGACCCGUAUGAUAACUUUGGAGAGGACAUGAAGAAUAGGUAUAGAAUCAUCGGUGAACCAUCUGCUGGCGAGUACACCUUGUUGAUUAAUGAUGUAAAGAAAUCAGACAUUGGUAGGUACGCUUGUUUGUAUAGUGAACCUUCUGGUGCAAAGGUAAUCUCUCGUCAUGCCACUCUAAGUGUAUUGAUUCCACCUAGUAAUGACUUUCCUAGAUGUCGCGUUGAACCUGAAGGAGCGGUUAUCGGCGACACUGUCGAUCUAGUAUGCGAAUCUGCAGGAGGGCUUCCACCAGCAACCCUUACCUGGUUCCGUGGUAACGAAAUUUUAACAGGAGAUUAUGGUAAAUCUGGCGAGCUCACACAGAAUCGUUACCGAAAAGUCUUAGAAGCCACUGAUCGUGGUGUAGAAUUUAUAUGUGAAGCGACAGGAAUCGCCAUUAUAAAUACUCUACGUACUUGCAGUCUGACAGCAUUGGGCCUUGAUAUAUCAGUUCAAAUAAAACCACAGCUCAAAGUUGCUGAUGAAGGUUCACGAUCAACCUUCACCUGUAUUGCACCAGGUGAUAUGAGAAAUUACGACGUAUAUUGGCAAAUUGGGGAAGAAGAAUUAGACAUCCGUGAUCCGCGAAUGUCAUUCAGGGAUGGACAUCCUCGACUAAGAAUAGACCCUGUGACAUUAAGCGACCACGGUAGAAUGAUCACAUGUAUAGUGUAUGACUUUUAUGGUUUCCGGGGUAAUGCUUCGUCAAUACUAUUUGUUACGAAAACGCAAACAACAAAACCACCAUCUAAAAAUGCAAUCUUUUAUGAACCAGAAGCAGAGCAACCGACAAGAAUUAGCUUAGUAGCAUCGGUUGAAGGAGGUAUUGGUGGAGUUUUUACAGCACCAAAUGAACUUCCAGCAGCCGAUCAGGCUACAGGAAAUGCAGGCUCCAGUAAUCCUUCAGAUUCACCACAAAUUGUGAGUAAAACAAUGGGGGCAAAAGAAACUGAAUCUCCUAAAUCUCUUUCGCAGACUACAGCAAGUAUAACGAACAACAAUCCGUCAAUGAUUUUUACAAAUCAUUUUGCUAUGCCCACCAUCGAUACCAUUACCAAUAAAACCGAAGAGCCUGCAGUUGAACGAGGUGACUCUCCAGUAGAUGCAGUCCCACAACAACCUGAAAACAUGAGCCCGACUAAAUCCGAACCCUCAGCGACAACCAUUAGCCCAAAUGACGUAGUGGACACAACCGGCGAUGUGACAGAUCCCACAGAAGCACCUGAAGUGAAUGAAGUUGAGGUCCCAGAGAUGCAAAGCGAAGUCAAUGAAAACGAAAACGAAGCAGAAGAAUCGAAUGACGCAGAAACAGAAACUACAGAAACUCCUAAUGAGAUCGACAACAAUACUAUAAACGAUAAAGCUAAGAAUAGUAAUUUGGAGGGAACUGACACUGAUAACGUCGUUGGUCCCGUGGACAGUGAAAAAGAAACGGUGUCAGGGAAAAUGGCACGAUUGAAAAUUAUCUGCGGUGUACUCGUUUUUGGCGUAAUUACUAUAGGCUUUGGAUUUUGGCGUUUCAGCAAGUCACGAUAAUGAACUAUAGAAAAAAAAUGACUGUGUUGGUGUUAUAGGCCUACUAGGCUGGUUACAUGGGUCAGCAUUAUUGCAUUAGAAUAAUAUUUUAAAAUAUAGUGAGUGUAGUUUGCAGAUAUUUUUCAGUCGUUCUCAUUGUGGAUGUUUGGAAUUAUAGUUGUGAGUUUUUGUUGAUUGAAGUAGUUUAGAACAUUUGCCAUGUAGACCUACCUAACACUUUUCACACUUGACGCGUUAUUGACGUAAACGUCGAUAACACAACGCAUCAGCCCUGAUUUUCAAAGUGAGCCAUUUGAAGCAAUGCAAACUUCAUGUGUAGCAAAAGAAAUAUUGCUUUUGCAGUCUGACGACCACAGCCUAAAGCUCUGUCCAGACUAUUAAAUUUUCUUUGACAAAACACUGUUGCAUGCCCAUAUAUAGUCGUAAGAUGCCUAUACAUGGUCAUUAUGUGAUGUAUCAUGGCCAUAUUUAGGCAUGUCACAUUUAGGCAUGUUAAUGUAGCUGAACUGUUUUUCCAAAAGCAACAAAGACGUUUGAGUCUGAAACGUGCUAGUGUAAACAGAGGUUUACUGUAACAGAUGUAAUGAUUUUCUUUUGUUUAAAUGUUGGACGAAGUGUAUGUUUGUGUGUGUUUGAUUGGAUGGGAGUGUGGUUAUUACUUUUAUUAUUAAUAUGUAAAUGUUAUUUCGAUGUGUGUUUGUGUCAGGGAAACAUCAUAUGAGUGAUAUUUACCCUACCUGACGUGUUAUCGUACUGAAUACUCAGUACAAUCCCAAGUAUUUGCGAAAAAAAUCGCAAGUGAUUCUGGCGGGAAUCGAACCCACAACCUCAAGAAAACUUGACAGGUGUCAUAACCGCUAGACCACCGAGCUUGCGCUAAGUAAGUAGUGUUGAACCCGAUAGACUAAUGGUUAUAACACCGGGCUUCUUAUCUCGAGGUCGUGGGUUCGAUUCCCAACCGAAUUACUUGCGAAUUUGUUUUGUAAGUAUUUUGGAACGUAAUAGGUAGUUUUUACUGCACGACGUUAACCCAACAUGCAACGUGAUAGCUUCGCCCCUUUUGUAAACAAAUCGAAUACGCAUGCGUAAACCAGUAACUAACGUACGUGGGGGAAUUAAAAUCCUAAAAUGAGCGUACUCCGCAACACAAGAUGAAGAAAUUAUGACGUCAUCCGUUAACGUUAACGUUAACGUCGUGCGGCGAAAACUACCUAUUUAGAAUUCAGUACGAUAACACGUCAGAUAGGGCAAAACAUCACUCCUAUAAUAUGUAAUGAGUCAACAAUAUAAGAGAAAUUUUAUCUUUAUUACAUUAUUCAAAUAAUUAAACAUUUUUUCACUCACACAUUUUUAAUGGAGACAAUAAAAUGUAAAUUGAAACAAAA